AUGGUAACGAGUAAUCAGGAGGCAAUAAAUCCAGAAGCGGUAAAUAGUUUUAAGCUAUCGGAGGAAUGUACGAUCGAGUACCUGAAUCAUCUCGCGCUGAUGGAAGAAACGUUUGGCGAAGAAAUUGUGACCGCCGAGACGGAUCAUUCCGAUCUGGUUCCCAACCGAUACGAAGGUGGAUUGAAAGUUUGGGAAUGCACAUUCGAUCUGGGAACUUUUUUGGCCGAUUCCGCCGAACUGAAGGCACAGUUCGUGGCGAAAACGGUGCUCGAUCUCGGCUGUGGCGCUGGAAUUCUCGGUAUCGAAGCGAAACUGUUGGGCGCGAGCGAAGUGCACUUUCAGGACUAUAACAAAGAUGUCCUCACGAAAACGACGAUGGUCAACUAUGAGCUGAACGAUCGGUCGGAUGACCGCGACGAUAGUUGUAAAUCGGACACCACGAUGGUUAGAUUUUUCUCCGGCGAUUGGGCUAGCUUUACGGAACGGUACGAGACCACGUUCGAUCUCAUUCUCACUUCGGAGACGAUUUACAACGCACAAAACUAUGGCAAGCUGCUCGAUCUUUUCGAUCGCAAACUGUCCCCCGGUGGAAUAGUAUAUCUGGCGGCCAAAACGUACUACUUUGGCGUUGGCGGCGGUAUUCGGCUGUUCGAGAAAGAAAUCGACACGGACGGACGGUUUCGCUACGAAACCGUGUGGCGCUGUGAUUCUGGUGUUAAGCGGGAGAUAAUGAAAAUUGAGCGUAAGUAGUACUGCC